GGGCGACCGCUCGCUCCGCGCUGCCUCGGUGCAGGGCGAGCGGCGGGGCUUUGCAGGGGCCGCCGCCGCGGGAGGAGGGGGCUGAGCUGGCUCCGGAGUUGGCCAAAGAAGCCACCUGGUUCACCCGGUUCAUCCUCCCUUCCCGAAGCUAGCCCUCGAAGGCAGGAGCAGCCGGCGCCUUCGGCAGAGGAGGAGGAGGAGAAGGAGGAGGAGGAGGAGGAGGAAUCGCGUCGGGCGGAGCUUCAGGUCCUGUUCUCCUCUCCGGCUUCUCCAUACAAAGAUUACGGUGCAGAAGGAAAUUGCACUCGCCUCCUCCGCCCCCCGGUACCCAGCACAAUGCACCAGCCGCCGGAGUCCACUGCCGCGGCGGCGGCCGCCGCUGCAGACAUUAGUGCUAGGAAGAUGGCGCACCCGGCAAUGUUCCCUCGAAGGGGCAGCGGUGGUGGCAGCGCCUCUGCGCUCAAUGCAGCAGGUACCGGCGUCAGUGGUGCUGCUCCAUCUUCUGAGGAUUUUCCUCCUCCUUCGCUGCUCCAGCCGCCGCCGCCUCCUGCUGCAUCUUCCACGCAGGGACCACAGCCUCCGCCUCCACAAAGCCUGAACCUCCUCUCGCAGGCUCAGCUGCAGGCACAGCCUCUCGCGCCGGGCGGAACUCAGAUGAAAAAGAAAAGUGGCUUCCAGAUAACUAGCGUUACUCCGGCUCAGAUCUCUGCCAGCAUCAGCUCUAACAACAGCAUAGCAGAGGACACGGAGAGCUACGACGAUCUGGAUGAGUCUCACACGGAAGACCUGUCUUCUUCCGAGAUCCUUGAUGUGUCACUUUCCAGGGCCACUGACUUAGGUGAGCCUGAACGCAGCUCCUCAGAAGAGACUCUGAAUAACUUCCAGGAAGCUGAGACACCUGGGGCAGUCUCUCCUAACCAGCCCCACCUUCCUCAGCCUCAUCUGCCUCACCUCCCACAACAGAACGUUGUGAUCAAUGGAAAUGCUCAUCCACACCACCUCCAUCACCACCAUCACAUUCAUCAUGGGCACCACCUCCACCAUGGACACCAUCACUCAUCCCAUGCUGCUGUGGCCAGUUCAUCCAUUCCUGGAGGGCCACCCUCGAGCCCAGUGUCCAGAAAACUCUCUACAACUGGAAGUUCUGAUGGUGGGGUGCCAGCCGCACCGACUUCUGCUGUCUCAUCGAGUGGCCUGCCUGCUGCCUCUGUGAUGACUAACAUCCGUGCUCCAAGUACUACAGGCAGCAUAGGUAUAAGUUCCGUUACGGGCCCGAGCGCCACGAAUAAUGUGAACGUCGCUGCCGUGGGUAGUUUCAGUCCUACCGUGACAAGCAGUGUGCAUGGUAGUGCUAAUAUGAGUACAAGCAAUAUUCCUAAUGCUGCUAGUGUAAGUGUCGGGCCUGGAGUUACCAGUGGUGUUAAUGUGAAUGUCUUGAGUGGCAUGGGCAAUGGUACUGUUUCUUCCUCUCCUGUUGCUAACAGUGUCCUUAAUGCAGCUGCAGGUAUCCCUGUGGGAGUGGUUUCAAGUCAGCAGCAGCAGCCGCAGCAGCCAACAGUUAACACGUCAAGGUUCAGAGUUGUGAAGUUAGACUCCACUUCCGAGCCCUUUAAAAAAGGUAGAUGGACUUGCACUGAGUUCUACGAAAAGGAAAAUGCCCCGCCUGCCGCAGAAGGCGUGGCGGUAAAUAAAGCGGUGGAGACCGUGAAGCAGACCCCCACGGAAGUGUCUUCUUCGGAGAGGGAGAGCACGAGUGGGAGUUCAGUGAGCAGUAGUGUCAGCACACUGAGCCACUACACGGAGAGUGUGGGAAGUGGGGAGAUGGGAGCCCCUGCCGUGGUGCAGCAGCAGCAGCAGCAGCAGCAGCAGCAGCAGCAGCUGCCGCCGCCACCAGGUCUUCAAGGUGUGGCCCUCCAGCAGAUAGAUUUCGGUAGCCCUGGUCCACAGAGUAUUGCAGCAGUGAGUAUACCACAGAGUAUUUCUCAGUCGCAGAUGUCACAAGUCCAAUUACAGCCUCAAGAACGGAGCUUUCCGCAAAAGCAGGGUCUUCAACCUGUACCUCUGCAAGCCACAGUGAGUGCCGCCACGGUUCUCCAGCCUUCCUCUGUAAACGUGGUCGGUGUCACGGCAGCCUUGGGUCAGCAGCAGCCUUCCAUUUCCAGUCUGGCUCAGCCCCAACUGCCGUAUUCUCAGACAGCUCCUGCCGUGCAAACUCCUCUUCCAGGGGCACCACCCCAGCAGUUACAAUAUGGGCAGCCGCCGCCAAUGGUCUCUACACAGAUAGCUCCAGGCCACGGCCAGUCAGUGACUCAGAAUCCUGCUUCCGAGUAUGUACAGCCGCCGCCAAUUCUUCAAGCACCCGUGUCCUCUGGACAGUCCAGUUCUGCAGGAACGGGAGCAGGACCCUCAGGGAUCCCUGUGCCUCCGCCACAGGGGAUCCAGCUGCCAGCGCAGCCCACCGCAGUCCAAGCACAACCUGCAGGGGCAUCUGGGCAGCCCAUUGGCCAGGCUCAAACAGCAGUGUCCGCUCUACCCGCUGGCAGUCAAAUGGCGAAUAUUGGUCCACAAGCAAACGUGCCCACGGCGGUACAGCAGCCAUCUACCCACGUUACACCUUCAGUUAUCGCGCAAGGUGCUCCGCCAUCUUCACAAGGAGUUCUGCCCGCUCCACCUGGGAUUCUUCAUCAGGGAGUUCAAACUAGUGCUUCGCGCCUUCCUCCACAACUGGUUAUCGCCCCCCAGAGUACCUUGUUAACUGUGCCUCCCCAGCCGCAGGGAGUAGAAACGGUGGUUCAAGGAGUUGUUAGCCAGCAGUUGCCCGCAGGUAGUCCUUUGCCCCCCGCUAGUAGCAUUUCGGUUACCAGUCAGGUUAGUUCCGCUGGCCCUUCUGGAAUGCCUUCUGCCCCAACAAACUUAGUUCCACCACAGAAUACAGCACAAACCCCGGCUACCCAAAGUGGCAGUGUGGUUCAGAGCGUUAGUCAGUCUCCCUUGAUAGCCACUAACAUCAGUUUGCCUUUGGCACAACAAAUACCACUAAGCUCUGCUCAGUUCUCCACACAGCCCUUAGCUCAGGCGAUUGGAAGCCAGAUGGAAGACGCCAGGCGCCCGGCGGAGCCCUCCCUGGUCGGCUUACCUCCGACGCUGAGUGGGGACAGUGGGGGAGUGUCAGCAGUUUCCGAUGGGAGUAGCAGCAGUCUCCUGGCAGCCUCUGCUGCUCUCUUCCCGUUGAAGGUGCUACCGCUGACAACACCCCUGGUGGAUGGCGAGGACGAGAGCUCUGGUGCAAGUGUGGUAGCUAUCGACAACAAAAUCGAGCAAGCUAUGGAUCUGGUGAAAAGCCAUUUGAUGUAUGCAGUUAGAGAGGAAGUGGAGGUUCUGAAGGAGCAGAUCAAAGAACUCAUAGAGAAAAACUCCCAGCUGGAGCAGGAGAACAAUCUGUUGAAGACACUGGCCAGUCCGGAGCAGCUCGCCCAGUUUCAGGCCCAGCUGCAGACUGGCUCCCCUCCGGCCACCACGCAGCCCCAGGGGAGCACACAGCCCCCUGCACAGCCAGCAUCCCAGGGCUCAGGAUCCACCGCGUAGCCUGCUGUACCCCUACGGAACUGGCUGCUGCUGUCCGAACUGAACAGACCGAAGAAGAGAUGUGUUAGCGAGAAACCGCCUCCACCGUCACCCAUUUCAUUUCACCGCUGUCUAUGAAAGAGACGUGAGACUCACAUGCCAUUCUCGCUUUUCCCAGUAUUAAGCACUCAUAUGCUUUGGGCUUGAAGAAAUGUACUAGUUGAGUGAAUUAAAGGUUAAUCAGAGAAUGAGCAUGGAUGUGCCCUGUGCGACUUGGCAGAUGUCUGAGGAAUGGUUUAAUUGAUGCUGAGGAGCUGUGUGCCUUUUCAACCCUUCCCAGCCACCCACCCUGCUUCCACGAGCUCUGGGGCUUGCCUGCAUGAGGCUCGGAAGGUGGGCUGCUCCUGGAUUUUGUGCUCUCCUCUCCUUCCCUUCAAGGAACUUAAAGAGAGGCCAGAAACGAGACUGCAAUGGGGGGGAGGGGGUUUAGUCGUUUUACAAACCGACAACUGUCACCAAAGUUUAUAAAACACACUAGUACUGUCCCCCUUUUCUGAAACAUCGCAGACAAACUAUAGAGACGAAACGGUGACAGGGACCUAGGCUAUCAUUAUGAAGGUUGUUUUGCUUAUUGUAUAUUUGUGUAUGUAGUGUAACGAAUUUGUACAAUAGAGGACCGUAACUACUGUUUAGGUUGUACAGAUUGAAAUUUAGAUGUUACAUUGGCUGUCUGAAAAGGUGUGGAUUGUCCUUUAUAGAGAGACCUACAGAGAAACUGUUUCAUGACAAAAACCACACCUGAAGAAAUGUUAAGAAUUUGGCACAGUUAGUUACUUGGUGUAAUUUGAAAUCUAGCUGCUGAAUCUUGCGGAGUAAAUCCCUGUUCACCGACGUCGUCUCGGUUGAGCUGGUUGACUACAUGGAGAAAUGGUCAUUUACUGAGCAAUGGAUUUCCCAGUAGGGGUUUCUGCAUAUCACCUGUAUAGUAGUUCUCUGCAUACGUUUCUGUGCAUGUUCGCUACAGUUAUCACUGUAUUUACCUGUUGUACUGUCACCUUUCAAUAAAGCAUAUAAAAUGUUGAUA